GAUGUUGCAACACUGUGCCCUUAAUCGCAGCCAACUUCACGUUCCUCUUUGGCUGCCAUAUUUCUUUCCUGCUUGUCUUUCAACGAGAAAAGACGUACGAUGGCAACCUCUUCGCACCUCAAUUGGUUGAUCAUUCGCAACAACAACGCUUUCUUGUUGAAGAAGCGUGAUGUUAAGAAACCCUUCAGCACAGAGCCCAACAAUCUGACCAAUGUCAGCUCUUACCGCUACAGCGGCAUUGUGCACAAGAAGACCGUUGGUGUUGUGCCCGCUGCCGAUAAGAAGGGCUUCACCACCGUCCUGAAGAAGGGCAAAUACGGUCAGCGUCCCGCCAAGAACACCGUGCGUGUUAACUUCAAGGCUGGUCCUCGUCGCUCCCUGAAGAAACUGAAGCACCUGCUUAUUGGCUCCAAGUACCGCAAGGAUCUGACCCAGGCUGCUCUCCGUCGCGCCUCCGCUGUGCUGCGCUCUCAAUAAGAUGGGUAAUUGAGGAGUUGUUUUCUACUCGAGAAUAAAAAUACCGUUAAAAUCCAAAAAAGAA